GUCGCCUGACUGACUUUGGACAAAUUGACAAAACCAGCGCCCUAAUGAUUCAUACACUGCGCACUAACUUCUAUGAUGAAAAGGAAAGAGUAAGAAUGAUCACCUCCUUGCUUACUGGAACUGUAUGACUGCUUGUCGCAGCAUCGCAUUUCUCAGCGUUAUCUUUUAAACGACUCCAUCACAUCUUUCUCUUCCCGCAAUGGCGGCUCCUGCCAUACCUCCACCCCCCAAGAACAAGUCUGGCAGACUAUCGGAUGGAACAUAUGUCAUUGUUAACGUCGAGCACAAGACGGUUAUUGACCAAGAUUUGGGAGACCUGAAGUUCGUCCAAGGUUAUACUGCAAUUAACGACCAUAAGAAUCAACAGUGGGAAGUCACGGCGUUUGGCGCAGGAUACGUAAUUCGAAGUAAAUUCGAUGGCGCAUACCUUACCGUCGACUCAGCCAUCGCUGACAAUGUUGCUAUUGUGACUAGUCCUUUCCCUGUUGCUUGGGACCUGCAUGCUCAAGACGAGGAAAAUCUCAUCUUCCAAAUACGAUGGCCCAACUCCAAGUUUGGUUAUGACCUUGAUAAGAACACGCCUGGUACCAGAAUCCGUUUGAAGACCCAUAGUGGGCGUCCCCAGCUGUGGCAAUUCAAGAAUACGGCUGCGAAGAGAGAUCAAGGGACUGGUACAGGCACUGGAACUGGAACUGGCACUGCUACGACAGCGCCGAAGAAGACAGAUUGUCCACCAGUGCCCACAAGUAGUGGCACCGGCACCGGCACCGGCACCGGUACGGGUACGGGUACGGGUCCACCAAAGCCUCCUGUCGUCCCACUUCCCGACAAGAAGCCAGAUCCUGAAUGCCCGCCAGGAACGAAGGAGCCCACGGGUACUGGCACUGGCACUGGCACUGCCAUCUCCCAUUCCACAGCCCCCACCACCAACGAAAGACCCCCCCAAACCAACUGACCCCGCGAAGAAACCUGACGGAACGAAGGAUCUUCCCAAACCCUCUGACCCACCGCCAAAGAA